GAUGCUGAUGACGGUUGGAUGUAUGGUAGGAAGGCAAAGCCGUAGAUAUUCCCGUCAGUUGUGAGGGUAUAAAGGUUGGAUGAAGUACGCACCACUGUUAAGCCCAACAACCAUGCAACCUCUCGUUCUGUACGACAUCCCUGGCGAGGUCCCAGACAAGUCUGGGUACUGGAGCCCUAACGCUGCCAAAUGUCGAUACGCGAUCCGCUACAAACGCCUCCCGUACGAGACCCGCUGGGUAGCCUUUCCCGACAUCGAGAGUACCAUGCGCGCCCUCGGCGCCUCGCCAACGGGAAAGCGCAACGGGAAGGACGUGUACACCGUGCCGGUCUUGCAGGACCCCAACACGGGCGUGAUUGUCUCCGACUCCUUCGCUAUUGCAGAGUACGUCGACCGGGUCUACCCCACCAUCCCCGAUAGUGUGUUUGAAAGCGAGGGCGAAAAGGCACUAAUAAAGGCGUUCGACGAUGCAUUGGGGAUGGCGACGCGUGGUGCGCUGAGGUGGAUGAUGGUCUGCGCGAAGGAGGUCAUGGUCGAGGAGGUGAAAGAGUGGUUCGUCACGAUGCACGAGGAGAGGUUGGGAAUGAAGUGGGAGGAGAUCUCGCCCGCGGGUUCAGAACUGCGAAGGGAGCAGAAGGAUGCGUUGAAGGCGGCGCUGGAUGUGGUGGAUGGGUGGUAUAGACGCAGUGGCAAUGGGAAAUGGGUGCAGGGGGACAGGUUCUCAUAUGCAGACUGCUUGGUCGGUGCGUAUAUGUUUUGGUACAGCCGGGUGCUCGCCAAGGAGGAUUGGGAGGAGGUCUCUGAAUGGAACAGAGGACGAUGGGCGAAGGUGUUGAAGGACGUUGAAGAGGUAUGCGACGGCUCUUAUUGAUAACGUAGCGUCACCCUUGAGAUGUAAACAAACGUGGUACAUAAUCUGACAUAGUAUACGAGG